CUUCUUUCCGCCGCACCCAUCGCAAGAUUCACGGCCCGCUCCUCCCUUAUUCCUCGUCGUCCCCUCCCGCUCCGAGAGCUCGAGGGCUAGCCAAACCCAGCGCGCCGCAGCGAUGGCCUCCCCAGACGCGGAGCAGGCGGCGCCGACGGAGCCCGCGCGGUGGCGCGACCUGGACAUGCUCCUCUCCCGCCCCGGGAACCUCGUCGCGGCAUCCUUCGACCCUAGCCCCACCCUCCGGGACCUGCUGGGGAGCCUCGUGGAGGUGCUGGUGGUGGGCGCGGGCGGGCUCGGCUGCGAGCUCCUCAAGGACCUCGCCCUCUCCGGCUUCAAGAAGCUGCACGUCAUCGACAUGGACACCAUCGACGUCUCCAACCUCAACCGCCAGUUCCUCUUCAGAGUUCAAGAUGUGGGGAAGCCCAAGGCUGAAGUGGCGGCGAAUAGGGUUAUGGAGAGAGUUAGUGGGGUGAACAUUGUGCCUCAUUUUUGCAGGAUCGAAGAUAAAGAGAUCGAGUUCUACAGUCAGUUUCACAUAAUUGUCCUCGGUCUGGAUUCAAUUGAAGCUCGAAGCUAUAUCAAUUCCGUGGCAUGUGGCUUCUUGGAGUAUGACUCAAAUGACAAUCCACUCGAGGAGACAGUCAAACCUAUGGUAGAUGGUGGAACUGAAGGCUUUAAGGGUCAUGCAAGGGUCAUAAUACCUGGAACAACACCUUGCUUCGAAUGCAAUAUAUGGCUUUUUCCUCCCCAGGUCAAGUUCCCCUUAUGUACCCUCGCCGAGACACCAAGAACUGCAGCUCACUGCAUUGAGUAUGCUCAUUUGAUCAAAUGGGAUGAGGUUCAUCCUGGAAAACCUUUUGAUGCUGAUGAUGCAGAGCAUAUGCAGUGGAUUUAUUCAGAGGCUUUGAAGAGAGCAGAGCUUUUCGGUAUUUCUGGUGUUACAUAUUCUUUAACUCAGGGAGUUGUCAAGAAUAUAAUCCCAGCCAUUGCUUCAACGAAUGCAAUUAUAUCUGCUGCUUGUGCAUUGGAAGCCUUCAAGCUUAUUUCUGGGUGCAGCAAAAAUGUCUCAAAUUACCUCACGUACAACGGUCUGGAAGGAACUCAUAUUAAAGUAACUGAGUUUGUCAGAGACAAAGAUUGCCUUGUAUGUGGGCCUGGUACCCUUAUUGAGAUGGAUACAUCAUCUACUCUUGCGGAGUUCAUCAAGAUGCUCGAGGAGCACCCCAAGCUGCGGAUAUCAAAGGCUAGCGUGACGCACGAAGGCAACAACCUGUACAUGCAGUCACCAGAGGUGCUGGAGCAGAUGACGCGGCCAAACCUGAGCCUCCCCAUGUUCGAGCUCCUCAAGGAGGUCCCGUACGCGACAGUCCACGCCACGGGCAUGGCGGAGAACAACGGGAAGAAAGUGUCCUCGCUGAGGAAGCUGCGCGUCGCCUUCAAGGGCGUCGGAGCCUCGAAGAUGGACACGGCCGAGAGCUCGUAGGCCUCCCGAGGUAGAUGAGAACACUUUUGAGACGAUCAAAGUUAAGUACAUUUUGAUCGAAAUUGAGAUGUACGCUUGAUGAUUACUUUGUCUAAGAAGAAGAAAAUAGGCGCUCGGUACAAAUUUGUUGUUGAGAAA